AUGUCAAAUAUUCUCAAGAAUUACACCAUUCCCGCGGUAUACAAAGUCUGGCAAGAUGAGCAAGCUGCUAGACUGCAAGAAAUAGAAGCCGAACCCAUUGUGAUCGCGUCGGAUAUGCGUGUUGACAGUCCUGGUCACACAGAAGUAAAAAAUUCAAAUGCCAUGGAGCUGAAGUCUCUAAAGAGGCAAUCAAACUACCUAGAGGACAGAGACAUCCAGGUAACCAAGUUGGUAACAGAUUGCCAUACCCAAGUGUCAGCAUUCAUGGCAAAUGAGAAACAUGGAAUUGAGCAUUCCUAUGAUGUGUGGCACGUUGCAAAAGGAUCAGCUGCCUACAAAAAGCUAGAGGAAAUGCUAACCAAACCUCGACUCAUCACAGCUAUUAGAAAAUUGUCCCAAUACCAUCAAACAUCUGGCUUGGAAGCAAAACAUGCUUUGGACAACACUCUUGCUUCAAAGAACACAUAUCAUUCAUAUCACUCAUUAAGUGCAAGGUUGUAUUGUUCAAACUUGCACUUCAAUGAGAACAGUAAUAGAAAGCAAGCAACAACAUCUGAGGGGAAAUUAAGAUGGACAAUUGCUUACCCAAAGGCAUUUAAAGGGGAAAAGGCUGUUGCCAAACCAUUGAAAGAAAAACCAACAUAUGGAUAUGUACAAUUGAUACUCAAGGAAACUAUUCAAUUGAGAAAACAAUAUCCAACUAUCAAAAAGGCAAAAGACCAUGCAAACAAAGUGCUUCCAACUGAACCGGCAACACUUGUUGAAAAGUAUUUGGUAGGAAAAGAGAGACCUUCCAAGGAAGAGGUGAUAACCAGCAGAAAGUCACGAUUCAGUACGCCAGCCCUACCUACAAGUCAAGCAGAACAAAGGUUAUCAACAAAGCCAUGUUCUUGCAAAGGAAAGUGUGCAACAAAAAAGUGCAACUGUAAAGCAACAGACAUUCUCUGCGACAACAGAUGCAAAUGUAUGGCAUCAAAAUGUAAAAAUCGUGAUGCUGACUAG